AUGCGUUCCAACAUGAUCGUGGCUGCGGCCAUUGCUCGCAUGGCUGCUGCGGCACCAGCACCCCAGCAGUUCGAUUUCGCUGCUGUCCUUGAGGCGCCCUCCCCAUCAGCCACUGGUCCUCCUCUCACCGUCAUCGCCAACGCUACCGCUGUCUUCAGUGUGGACACAGCAUCUCUUGCCGCCUCCAUCUCCUCCGAUGUAACGAGUGCCGCCACGGCCAGCAUUACCGGCGAGUCCGCCAGCGCUGCCUCAACCCAGGAGUCUGUCUCCGCCGUCGAGAAGCGAGGCUGGAGCUGGGGUACCGCCACCACUACCACGUCCUCCGUGCAGAAGACCAGCACCAGCAGCGUCAAGUCUAGCAGCAGCACGAGCAGUGUUAAGUCGUCCAGCUCGUCUACCGUUUCUUCUGCAAUCCCAACGACCUCUUCCACCUCCACCACUCAGCAGCAGAGCAGCACCUUGACCUCUUCGUCGAGCACUGCUUGCCCUACCACCCCAGAGGCUGGCACAUACUGCGGUUUCAUCAACCCAGAGGACCCUUGCGCUCCUCAGCCCGACGGCUAUGGCCCAAAGGCGUCUCCUGACACCGUUGCUGCUUUCCAAGCCGACUCUGAGCUCCACAAGAUGGCCCUGAACGCCGUCACCCCAUCGACUUACGAGCGUGUCUUCGUCGACCUCAAUGCAUCGACCAGCGCCAACAGCUACCUCGCCUUCAAGACUCUGCAGAGCUAUGACGUUGCUGGUUGCGCCAACUACUGCGACACCACCGACCUCUGCACGGCCUUCAACAUCUACAUUGAGCGUGACCCCAGCCUCAACCCAACCAAGAACGGAGAUUCUUCCAACUCCACUGGCGAGUACUGCCCCAACCCAUCCUCAAUCACAAACUACAAGUGCUCCAUCUGGGGAUCGUCGAUUGAUGCCUCGUCCGCCACCAACGCUGGUGACUACCGUGAAGACUUUCAGGUCGUCAUCGUUGGAAGCAACGGCUACGACAAAACAAACAACACCACCCCAGCCGCUCCCCCAGGCUACGACGCCCCCAGCAACUGCACAGGUGGCGCCAUCAACUCUGGUGGCUCGUACUGGCUCGGCAGCAACUUCUUCCCCGGUCCCUUCAACCCUUCUGCCUGUGGCAUCUACGCCAAAGCCCAGGGUGACUUGAACAAGCAGAGCGCCAAGGCUAAGGGUGCUAAGAGCUACACUCCCGUCAACAUGUUCAACGCCUACACCAUCCACAAGAACGGCGUUGCUCAGGGGACAUACUGCACCAUCUUCGAUACCGUCCUCUCGCCAGCAUACGGCAAGACUGGUUUCCGUGGCGGCUGGUCUGGCAACAACUUCCUUGGUGUCGCUCAGUCGUGGGCUUUCUCCUUGUCUGAGCAGGACAGUGGUACUUGGUAG